AUGGGAACGGGCUCCUCCAGCUACCGGCCCAAGGCCAUCUAUUUGGACAUCGAUGGACGCAUUCAGAAGGUGGUCUUUAGCAAGUAUUGCAACUCCAGCGACAUUAUGGACCUGUUCUGCAUCGCCACCGGCCUGCCUCGGAACACGACCAUCUCCCUCCUGACCACGGAUGACGCCAUGGUCUCCAUCGACCCCACCAUGCCCGCCAAUUCGGAACGGACUCCCUACAAAGUGAGACCUGUGGUCAUCAAGCAACUCUCUGAGAAAGAAGAAUUGAUCCAGAGCGUGCUGACCCAGGUGGCAGAGCAGUUCUCAAGAGCAUUUAAAAUCAACGAACUGAAAGCUGAAGUAGCACAUCACUUGGCAGUGCUAGAGAAGCGCGUUGAAUUGGAAGGACUGAAAGUGGUGGAGGUUGAGAAAUGCAAGAGUGACAUUAAAAAGAUGAGGGAGGAGCUGGCAGCCAGAAGCAACAGGACCAGCUGCCCCUGUAAGUACAGUUUUUUGGAUAACAGCAAGAAGUUGACAUCUCGACGCGAUGUCCCCGCUUAUCCCAAGUACCUGCUGUCCCCCGAGACCGUAGACGCCCUGCGGAAGCCCACCUUCGACGUCUGGCUCUGGGAGCCCAACGAGAUGCUGAGCUGCUUAGAGCACAUGUACCACGACCUCGGCCUGGUCAGAGAUUUUGGCAUCAACCCCAUCACCCUCAAGAGGUGGCUGCUCUGCGUGCACGACAACUACCGUAACAACCCUUUCCACAACUUCCGUCACUGCUUCUGCGUCACCCAGAUGAUGUACAGCAUGAUCUGGCUCUGCGGGCUGCAGGAGAAAUUUUCCCAAAUGGAUAUCUUGAUCUUAAUGACAGCGGCCAUCUGCCACGAUUUGGAUCAUCCAGGCUACAACAACACGUACCAGAUCAACGCCCGCACGGAGCUGGCCAUCCGCUACAAUGACAUCUCGCCCCUGGAGAACCACCACUGUGCCGUGGCCUUCCAGAUCCUCAGCCAGCCCGAGUGCAACAUCUUCUCCAGCGUGCCGGCCGAGGGCUUCAAGCAGAUCAGACAGGGGAUGAUCACAUUAAUCUUGGCCACUGACAUGGCAAGGCACGCGGAAAUCAUGGAUUCUUUCAAAGAAAAAAUGGAGAAUUUUGACUACAGCAAUGAGGAGCACAUGACCCUGCUGAAGAUGAUCCUGAUAAAAUGCUGUGACAUCUCUAACGAGGUCCGUCCGGUGGAGGUGGCGGAACCCUGGGUGGACUGUUUAUUAGAGGAGUAUUUCAUGCAGAGUGACCGCGAGAAGUCGGAGGGCCUUCCCGUGGCCCCUUUCAUGGACCGGGACAAAGUGACCAAGGCCACGGCCCAAAUUGGGUUCAUCAAGUUCGUCCUGAUCCCGAUGUUCGAAACGGUGACCAAGCUCUUCCCUGCGGUGGAGGGGCUCAUGCUGCAGCCCCUGUGGGAAUCCAGAGACCGCUACGAGGAGCUGAAGCAGAUGGACGACGCCGUGAAGCAGAAGGCUGAGAGUCUGACACCUGAGAGCACCGUGUCAAGAGAGGAAAGCAGAGAUGGGGGGAAAAGCGAAGAUCAUGCCUGAAGAAAGCAGAGUGCUGUGGGCUGCUGUUCUGGACCCGGCCGGCUGGGCUUUGCGGAAUCGUCCCUGCAGGGAGAAGUGGUCCUGAGCGUCUGCCACCAUGAGAUCAUGUUUUCUAAGAACCAUUUUGUUCACUGAUACAACAAAAAAGGACUUCACGAUGCUGUACAGAAUUUUUAUUUUUAAACUGUCUUUUAAAUAAUAUAUUCUUAUACAGAAAUGGGUACUGUCCUUUUUCUUUGGUAGUGUUGUGUAUCCCGGGCUGCUUCUGAUAAA